ACGAACGUGUUUUAUUCUCGUGCCGAAAACCAUGUGUGACAAAAAACAGGAGCAACGUAUCAAUCUCAAAUUUCUCGUUAAAUUGAAAAAAACUCCGACCGAGUGCUAUAAAUUAUUGCAAGAGGCCUAUGGAGACAAUUCUCUAUCUCGUGCACGUGUUUUUGAGUGGUAUAAGCGCUUCAGUGAGGGCCGAGAGAGCACUGAAGAUGACGAGCGCCCAGGUCGCCCUGUCACUGUUUCAACUCCGGAAACAGUGACCAAAAUCAACCAAAUUGUGCGUGCAGAUCGUCGAAUGAGCAUCCGGAUGAUUGCCAAGGCUGUAAACGCCGAUAAAGAAACGGUUAGAAAAAUUUUACAUGAGGAAUUACACAUGACAAAAGUCUGUGCGAAGUUGGUGCCAAAAAACCUGACUCCUGACCAAAAGUAGCCACACCUCGUAUAAUAAAUUAAUGAACACAUGCAAAUAUUUUUAAUAUUUUUGUCGAGUAAAAUUUUUCAUUGUCAAUUCAC